AUGAACACAAUGAGCAAAGAGAGCUCGAAAGUACAUUCUGUUGAUAAUAUCAAAGAUCAUAAUGAUAACAAGAGCUACAUUGAUACGGUAGGCAAUAUAACUAAUGAGGAAUACUACAGUGAUGAUGACGUUAGCAUAGAGAGUCAUAUUGACUCCAGGGACGAGUAUGCAAAUAAUGAUGUUAUGAGACCUUUAAAAAUUAAGAAGAAUCUACCUCUAUCCAAGGACUACAAAUCACUAGCUAAUCGUCAAGAUAAAUUAACAAAAAUAGAUACAGAAGAUAGUGACAGUAAAUCUUUAACAAGGCAGAUCGAUUUAGUAAGAGCCAAUUUGCAAAAGCUACAUCAUAAUUCCGACUUAGAUCAUUGUUUGACUACAAUUGAUCUAGAUUCUUUUGAAAAAUACUUGAAGGAUCCACAGUACAUCAAAAUAUUCAGGAGAAAACAUGAGAUCACUGGUUUUAGACGUAUGUUCUUGGCACAAGAAUUUAAAGCGCACGAUGACGAUGAAUACAAAAUAAACAAACACAGUAGCACUUCAGCACAUCGUUCAAAGAAGUCCAGUGGUAAUACUACAAAACUAAGAGACCUAUCAUCAGCCAUAUGGUCAGUCAAAUUUAGUAAUGAUGGGAAAUAUCUGGCAUCGGGUCGUAAAGAUGGUUCGAUCAGUAUUUGGAAAGUUUUAAGUAAUCCUGUUGAAAGAAGACACUCCGAAAAAAACGACGAUAAAUUAACGUUUGACUAUCAUAAAUCAUCAACAGAGGGAGAAUCUUCUAAACGCAGUGAUUCAAACCUGGAGGACCCUAAUAAAAGCGAUUUAUAUGGUCCUGUAUUUAAGCGUAAACCAAUCAUAAAUUUUGAGGAACAUUCCAACGAUAUUCUAGACUUAGAUUGGUCAAAAAAUGGUUUUCUCGUUUCAGCAUCAAUGGAUAAAUCAGUUAAGCUAUGGAAUAUUGAAAAAAAGCAAUCGCUUAGAACAUAUUUACAUCCAGAUUUUGUCACAUCUAUAAAAUUCCUUCCCACAGAUGAUAGAUUUAUAAUAAGUGGUUGUUUGGAUCAUAAGUGUAGGGUGUGGUCAAUUUUGGACAAUUCCGUUUGUUUUGAAUUUGAUUGUAAGGAUCUUAUUACAUCAUUAAUACUUUCACCUGGUGAAGGGAAGUAUACUAUCAUUGGCACAUUUAAUGGAUAUAUCCAUAUUUUAGAAACAAAUCAAUUGAAGCAUAUCACAACUUUUCAUUUAGUAGACAAACAUACCCAAGGAUCCCGUUCUUCACCAGCUAUUCUGGAUAUGAUACAAACCGGGAAAACAUAUGGCCCAAGAGUCACUAGUCUUGAGUGUUUUAAAAAUGCCUGCGAUGGUGCUCUUAGAUUAGUUGCAUCUUCGAAUGAUUCAAAAAUAAGAAUUUUUGAUUUAAAGACAAGGAAAUUAGUUGAAUAUUUGAAAGGUUAUAAAGGUAACUCUUCUCAGCACAAAGUUUCCAUAUGUACUUUUUACGGUAACCAGUUUGUAUUAAGUGGCAGUGAUGAUCAUUGGAUCUAUGCGUGGCAUUUGAAGUCUUCUCAAAUAUCACUUCAAAAAAAUAAUAGCAACGCUCCUCAACCAAGUACAUUAACUCGUUCUGGAAGCUUUAAAAAUUUAUUUAGGAAAUCUUUGCAAUUAACAACUAACAUUGACAUCGAUAGUAACGCCAAUUCAACAAGUGAAUCAUUAUUAAACGAUCCAAGUACUAGCACAAAAAGGCGAGCAUCUAUGAAUCCUCUUCAUAGGACGUUUAGGGGAAGAGCUCUAAAAAAUACAUCAUAUACAACAUUCCAUGGUCAUCACUCCUCUGUGACAAAUGUCAUUCAAGCACCAGUUGAAACUUCAAAGUUGUUGUCAUUAUCUAACGAUUUGAUCUGUGAAUUGACUUUACAAUAUUUCAAUGCUCAUAACAUUGAAUCUGUUUCAAAUUAUUCAUAUGAUACUGAUAAUAGUGUUCCAUCUUCCAGAAAAUCUAUGAGUUUCCAUUCCAGUUCAACUGGUAAAAUGACAACUCCAAAUUUUAAUUUUAAGAAUACUACAAAUAGUAACUCUUUGCCAAACAUGGUAAAGACAGUAGGAACAAUAAUCGUGUCUACCGAUGUUUCUGGUACAAUUAGAGUAUUCAGAGCAGAUUUACCUACAGAAAUUAGAAAGGCUGUGUUGAAGAAAAUUAUUGAAUAUAAACAAUCCAUCCGUAAUGGUGCUAGUCUACCUUUGCAUCUUAACUCCGCCACAUCAUUUAACGAUUCCAGUAUCAUCGAUAGUUCCUUAAGGGACAGCACUAUUAAAUCUUCGGUCAACUAUGAUCUAAGUACUUCUAAAAAAGACCAGUCAGCAAAUGACAAACAAGGCUGCCUAUCUAGUAGAACCAAAGAUACUGUUAAAACUGACAGCAGCAUCAAGCAACCUAGAGUGAGCCGUGUUUUCAUGAAUAAUCUUUUCAAUAGGUCCGAUUCAAACAUGUCAAACAACAAAGUAAGGCAACUACAGUCUAAUGGAUUAUUUUAUAAAUCCGGAAUAAUAAAUAAUGAUGGUAAUUCCUCGAGGACUUCGUUUUCUAUUACUGACAAGGAUUUGUACAACAACACAAAUGGAUCUAGCACAAUUACAAACAGGUUUAGAUGUGAUAUUUGCAAUGGAACAAAAUUUGAACAAAUUUCAUCACAUUCCGGAAACCUCCAAAACACUUACUACCAAUGCAGUGAAUGUGGAACACAACUAAGCAAUCUCAGAUAA